CCCAAGGGAACAUAAAGGACUGCUGAGGGACCUGGUUUCUAUCACCUUAUAUUUCUCAGUGAUGGAGUUGCAUCUAGUCGUAAUCCUGAUUUAUACUGGUGUCGUCCACCUCAUUCCGUCAGUCCCUCACAAGUACUAUCUGAUUCAGGAGGGGAAAACAUGGAACGACGCUCAGGCUUAUUGCCGAGCCAAUUACGACGACCUGGCUGUUAUCAAAAGCGCCGAGAACGUAAUUGAAUUUCAGAGUGAAGUGCAAGGGCAAAACUUCAGCUCCAACGCAUGGGUUGGAAUGUACAAUGAUGUAAACAGUUGGCGCUGGUCUCUUGGAAAUGAACCGGUCGGUUUAAAAAUGUGGGUUGCAGUUUUGAAACAGCCUGACAACAAGAUUCCAGAGGAGUUGUGUGGUGGGAUCAAUCUAUUAGGCUGGUUGGAUGAUUCAUGUAAAAAUGUACAUCCGUUUGUGUGCUUUGAUGACAGGUACAGUGGUAGUAACAGCUACAUCAGCUUGUCAUCUGAGGUGACAUGGUAUGAUGCUCAGAGUUACUGCAGACAGCAUCACACAGACCUGGCCAGUGCUCGAAACCAAACAGAACAGUCAGCUAUACGGUCAAAGAUCCUUUUAUUCUCUUGGAUUGGUCUGUUCAGAGAUGGCUGGAAGUGGGCAGAUGGGACAAACUUCUCCACCAUUCCAUGGAUGUCUGGAAAACCUGAUAAUGUCCAAGGAGGACAAAACUGUGGCUAUUUAAAUAAUGGUCAAGCAGUGAAUGCACCAUGUUCAAAUAUAUUGCCUUUCUUUUGUCAUUCUUUAAUUACAGGAAGGAAACAGUAUCUGCAUAUUAAGCUGGUGUCCAAUCAGAAUCUGUAUGAUGCUGCAGUACAGGCAGCAAUUUUGGAGAAGAUCAAACAGAAACUGAAGGAUAAUGGGAUGGCAGAGAAUGCCACUCUGAAAUGGAGAGAGCAACCAGAUGGUCUGGUGUUUCACAAGGAAAUGAAAUAAUGCUGUUUUAGGAGUUAAGACUUGGCUUC